UGGGGUAGAGAGAGAGCUGGGGCCCAGCUUCCUGAGGGGAGGACCAGGGUCUCACAGCCCACAUGCCCAAAGGGAUGCCAGCCUGGGGGUUCAUCCUGGUCACCUGCCACCUCCUCCUCUCACCCAGCCAGGCCGUCACCCAUGUCAGCAAUGAAGAGGCCUCGCUCCUGGCGGCAGAGCCGGAGCCCCUGCGCUGCUUCUCCAGGCAGUUCGAGGACCUCACGUGCUUCUGGGACGAGGUAGAGGAGGAGGACUGGGCUAAGCAAGAAGCGGAGGGUGGCCAGGAAGACCGAGGGCCCUACCAGCUUUUCUUCGCCUACCCCGGUUCCCACGCCGGGAGAGCACAGGGGCCUCCGGAGUCUCUUAGAUCCGUGCCCGGCCUGUAGGGAGGAGCCCCAAGUAUGCCCGCUGAGCUCCCAGAGGCUUCCCAACGGAGGGCUUCGCCACGUCUGUCAAAUCCAGCCCGCCGAAGGCAUGCGCCUGUUUGCCAAGCUGACGCUCUGGGUGUGGGACCCUGCCAACCGCCGAAACCGGACCCAGCGAGUGCUCAGCCUGGAAAACGCCUGCCUGUGCCACCGAAGAGCAUCACGGCAGUGACUUCUGGUCAGUCUGGGGAGCUGCAAGUCACAUGGGAGGCACAGCCCUCAGAUAUUAGUGACUUCAUGCAGCAUGAACUUCAAUAUGGCCCUUUGGAUCCCAGCAACCCCGCUCAGCCCACAGUCACAGUGCUGCUCCAAGCACCCAUGUGCUGCCCAUUCAGGAAGUGGCCACAUACCCAGCCACUCCAGGUCACGGCAACCCCCAGACCCGACCAGACUCCAACGCGGCUUCCAGGGAGUCAGUCUAUGCAGCGGGACCCCACCACCGAGGGACCCUCCAGAAAAGGCUACGUGAGCCAGGGACCUGCUGUCGGGGGGCCCACAAUAGCGCAGUGGGCUGGGCCAGAGCAGCUUGGGGCCACCAGAGAAUCCCUAGGUCUAAUAGGUGAAAGUUGUAUCAUCUCAGGAUUUCAACCUGGGACCUCAUAUUGGCUCCAGCUCCGGAGCAAGCCUGAUGGAAUCUCUCUCAAGGGUUUCUGGGGACCGUGGUCAUCUCCUGUGAACGUUACCCUGCCACGGGACGCCAGAGAGAUUGGGCUUCAGUGUUUUACUCAGGACCUGGAACGUAUCACAUGCCAGUGGCGAGGACCAGCCCAGCCCAUUGCCUCCCACGGCUACUUCUACCACUGGACAACUGACAGCUGUCCUAGAGACAGGUGGGGGUUUCUCCGCAGGGGCCCCGUCUGGGAGAGAUGUGAGAAGAUGGACUCCAGGGCGGAGGAAACCCCACUCUCCCUCUGCCGUUUCCAGUCUCAAAAUGGCAGUGCCAUUCACCUGCUGGUGGAGAUUACCACCGAACAGGGCACCGUCCAGCAGUACCUUGCCACUCCCUUCUGGAUGCAUCAGAUCGUUCUCAGGGAAGCUCCAGAGCUGCACUGGGCAGCCGGGCCCGGGGGGCAGCUCAAGCUCACCUGGAGGGCCCCGGCGCCCUGGCUGCCGGGGAAGACCCACUACCAGAUCCGCUACUCGGUUCAGAGCCACGAGAACUGGAAGGUGCUGGAGCCUCCGCGGGAUGCGCUGGGAGAAACCCUGGAGCUCCGCCCCGGGGCCCAGUACCGACUACAGCUGCGCGCGCGGCCGGACGGCCCCACUUAUCACGGACCUUGGAGCGCCUGGUCUGCGCCUGCGCUCGUGGAGAUGGCGCCCGAGAGUGGCUGGGUCUCCGUGGUGACGAGUGCGGUGCUGACGCUGGGCUUCGGCGGUCUCGUGGGCCUCGUGUUGCGGCGCCUCUUCCCGGCGCGGUUCAGGUCCAGUACCAUGGCUCAGUUUGUGUUUGAGAAUGACCUGCACUCCCUGCUCCAGCUGGACACAUCUAUUGUCAACGCACCUCCUGCUCGAUGGCAACGCAAAGCCAGGGAGACCCCCGGGCCCCCCCCUUCCCCAAUGCGCACAGCCAACCGGUCACACAGUUCUGGGAGAACACCGGGCCGGACUCCUGGCAAAUCGGGUUCUAAGACACAAAGCACCCCCAGUAAGGCAGGUGGGGAUCGCUACAUUCCCCAUCGAAGCACAUCCCAGAUGGAGGUGGCCAGCUUCCUGCUGAGCAAGGAGAAUCAGCCAAGCAACCACACGCCCACCAGGAAGGAGCAGCAGAAAGCCUGGUCCUUGAAUCUGAAUGGUUUUGAUGUGGAGGAAGCCAAGAUCCUCCGGCUCAGUGGAAAGCCCCAAAACGCCCCUGAGGGCUAUCAGAACAGCCUCCGGGUGCUGUACAGUCAGAAGGCCACCCCAGGGUCCAGCAGGAAGAAGACCUGCCGCUAUAUCCCCUCCCUUCCUGACCGCAUCCUAGACGCCCCUGAAAUUCGCAAUGACUAUUACCUGAACCUCAUGGACUGGAGCUGUGGCAAUGUCCUGGCUGUGGCUCUGGACACCUCUGUGUACCUGUGGAGUGCGGGCUCUGGGGAGAUCCUGCAGCUGCUGCAGACAGAGCGGCCAGGGGACUACGUGUCCUCUGUGGCCUGGAUUAAGGAGGGAAACUACCUGGCCGUGGGGACCAGCAGCGCAGAGGUUCAGCUGUGGGAUGUCCAGCAGCAGAAACGGCUUCGAAACAUGAGCAGCCAUUCAGCCCGGGUAGGCGCCUUGGCCUGGAACAGCUACAUCCUCUCCAGUGGGUCGCGCUCUGGCCACGUCCACCACCAUGACGUUCGAGUGGCCGAACACCACGUGGCCACGCUGAGCGGACACAGCCAGGAAGUGUGCGGCCUUCGCUGGUCCCCUGAUGGCCGAUACCUGGCCAGCGGCGGCAACGACAACUUGGUGAAUGUGUGGCCCAGUGCCCCCAGUGAUGGUGGCUGGGGUCCCCUGCAGACCUUCACCCAGCAUGUGGGCGCAGUCAAGGCCGUGGCCUGGUGUCCAUGGCAGUCCAACGUGCUGGCCACCGGAGGUGGCACCAGCGACCGACACAUCCGGAUCUGGAACGUCUGCUCGGGAGCGUGUCUCAGUGCCGUGGAUGCCCAGUCCCAGGUGUGUGCCAUCCUCUGGUCCCCACACUAUAAAGAACUCAUCUCUGGCCACGGCUUUGCCCAGAACCAGCUGGUCAUCUGGAAGUACCCAAGCAUGGCCAAGGUGGCUGAGCUCAAAGGUCACACGGCCCGAGUCCUGAGCCUGACCAUGAGCCCCGAUGGCUGCACCGUGGCCUCAGCUGCCGCGGACGAGACCCUGCGCCUGUGGCGCUGCUUUGAGCUGGACCCUGCGCAACGGCGGGAGCGGGAGAAGGCAAAUGCAGCCAAGAGCAGCCUCAUCCACCAGGGCAUCCGCUGAGGCUGGCCCCAGCUCCCCCACCCACUGGGUUUUAUUUUUCUAAUAAAGACAUCUGUCCCCCUGC